CCUAGUAUAUACCACUUGGAGCAGUGGACCACUGGGCCAAAUUUAAGUUGGUUGAGUGCAGUGUGGCUGUUGUCUCAUCAAACGGUAUAUACAGGAAUCUCUAUUAAUGACACAAAUGGAGUAUAUAGUGGACAUCAUACUUUGACUUUACCAAUAAUGGCAUGACGAAACUACAAUAAGUCGGGAGGAAGUGGUUUACACAUAGAGUUCACUAUUGCCACACCAGGAUUCACGAAGGCCAAAACAAUAACAGCAAGCACUUAUUCCAAGACUUGGACAAGGUGGAAGACUGUACAUCAGCAUUGGUGCAGAUGCAAUGGAUAAGAUUUUCAUAUUGAAGUAAUGACGCUCGACCCAAGUCCAGAUGUUAUUCAACUCACUUUCAAACGCGC